AUGGAUAACAUUUUCUCUGAGGAUACCUCAGUUUAUGAGAACUUCACAGAUGACUGGACAUCAGAUGGAGGGGAAACGGUGCAUUUCAUCAUUCAGUGCGUUAUCCCGUCGGUCUACAUACUUAUCAUAACCGUUGGUUUACUGGGCAAUAUUACUCUUGUGAAAAUAUUCAUCACUACCAGCGCGAUGAGAAGUGUACCAAACAUUUUCAUCUCAAGCUUGGCCGUGGGAGAUCUUUUGCUUUUGGUCACUUGUGUACCAGUGGACGCGUUCAGGUAUUUCUACGAGGAGUGGAUUUUUGGAACGGUGGCUUGUAAGAUGAUCCCGGUGAUCCAGCUCACCUCGGUCGGAGUCUCCGUGUUCACUCUCACGGCACUUAGCGCGGACAGACACAAAGCUAUUGUGAAUCCCAUGGACAUCCAGACCUCCAGCGCAGUGUUCUGGACCUGCUUGAAGGCUGUCACUAUAUGGGUUGUCUCAGUGCUGCUGGCUAUCCCUGAGGCGGUCUUCUCGCAGGUGGUUCAUAUGCCAGACAAGAACAUGACAUUCACCGCCUGUGUACCGUAUCCACUCUCCAACGAGAUGCAUCCUAAGAUUCACUCCAUUAUGAUAUUCCUUGUCUACUUCCUCAUCCCUUUGAGCAUUAUCUCUGUUUAUUACUACCACAUUGCGAGGACACUUAACAAGAGUGCUCACGAUAUGCCAGGUGAGAUUAGUGAGCACUCCAAAAGACAGACGGAAACGAGGAAGCGUCUAGCAAAGAUCGUUUUGGUUUUUGUGGGCCUCUUCGCACUUUGCUGGUUCCCCAACCACAUUCUCUACAUGUACCGCUCAUUCAACUAUCGACAGAUCGACUCUUCACUGUCACACCUCAUCAUCACGCUUGUGGCGCGCGUGUUGAGUUUCUCCAGCUCCUGUGUGAACCCAUUUGCCCUGUACCUACUGAGCGAGAGCUUCCGAAGGCACUUCAACAACCAGCUGCUGUGCAGACAGCGCAAAUACCAAGAGCACAACACCAGCUACCUCCAGAGCACCUCUGCUAUCCGCAUGACUUCCAUCAGGAAGAGUACACCUGCUGUUGCCAACGGACAUAGCCACAAAACAGGAGUCUGCAUUUAGCAUUUGUUCUCCAAAUUGGUCAAAAUCUCAACAUAAGGGUUGCUGGUGACUCACAUUUAGGUUCAGUUGAAGUGUUUGGUGACCCAGCUGGGUAUACGAGCGGUUAUUGAAGCAGGCAAGACAGAGGGAUUACUGUUGUAUAUAUUGCAUGCAUGUUUUUUUUCCAACGCUUGCAGUGUUGCUUGAGCCCAAGAAUGAAAUUUGCUUCAUUUUUUAAACAUUAUUCUUAUUGCAAACAGAAAAGAAUGGAUAUCUCACUGAUAAAUGAACACUAAUUAUAUUUCUCCUCAACCAAAACACAAUUUCUGCCUGUAUAAAAUAUCAGAUCUGUACAAAAAAAUUGGACUAAAGGUUUCCAUUAUUGUAUAAUGGCAGGUUUGCUUUUCAGCUCAAUCUUAUUUCAUUUAUCAUCCAAUCAAAUGAUGAAAAUUCACAGAUGGAAAGUGCACUUAAUACAGUAAAUGAAUGUUCGGGAAAGCAGUUUUGAUUUCACCAUGGGGACAAGCGUAUUAUAGAGAUGCCACUGAAAUCAUUUCCAUUGCCUAUGAUCACUUUCUAUUUCUCAGACAAUGACAAUAUAUUCAAUUUAGGAGCAAUGGAAGACAUGGCUCUUCCCGGUGAAUGUUAAUGUCCAUGAUUAUAGAUCAGAGAGGUCGCACACUCAAGGGUAAACUGUGGUGAUUAGAUUAAUAUGUGCAUAAACAGAUUAGUAUUCAACAUGAAUAUAAAUUCCCCCCUCACCUUCCAAUAUAUGAGUCAUAGUAAUGAAAAGAUCGUUGUGGCAGAAUAUAUGCUGUGUAUCAUUCUUAAAUUCACCAGCAAAUAUUUUGUUAUUUUAAACACUGCAUCAUUAUUUGAAAGGGGGUAAUUAUUUUCUAUACCCAGUGUAAUGUUGUGGAAUAAUCAUUCAGUCAUGAAGACAAAAUAUCAACUGUAAAUGUGGCAACUGCCAUUAGCUUCUGGACUAAAACAGG